UGAUUAUUUUUUGACAUGUUGUAACAAACACAUCUUAGUAUGAUAUUUCAGCGCCCUUUUCGCACUCUCUCUCCUUUUCCUUCUUUCUCUCUCUAACUUCUCUGCUUGCUUGGAACCAGUGCUGUCUGUGUAGUGGUGAGGAAAGGAAAAGGGUCAUUAAUUUGAAGACUGUUUAGGACUAAAGAUUGAAUUUUUAUGUGAAAAAGCUGCAAAAAAUAGAUUAUGAUGGAUAAUCUUAAAGGGUUUUUUGGUUCAACAAAUGAGAUCCAGUUGAGGAAUCAAUCUUUACCUGUUCUUCAGAACCAAAGAUUUGAAAAUGGUUUCUUUGAUCAAAGUAUUGAAUUUGGUUCCAAUAUGAUACCUGCUGAGUAUACACCUUCUUCAACAACGACCUCGAUUUCGACACAUGAGGAACCUUCUCCUGAGGAGUGUGAAUUUUCUGAUGCUGUUUUGAGUUACAUCAAUAACAUCCUUAUGGAAGAAGAUAUGGAAGAUAAAACAUGUAUGCUUCAAGAUUCUUUAGAUCUUCAAAUUGCUGAGAAAUCAUUUUACGAAGUUAUAGGCGAAAAGUACCCGGUUUCGCCGUUAGAGAAACCUCAAAGUCUUAGUAGUGAAACUGAUGGUGUUGGUGAUAAUUACUUUUUUGAUAAUUAUGGUACUUGUGUUGAUGAUGGUGAUCUUAGUAGCAUUUUUACGAACAAUUCUUUGCGCGGAAACUUGAGGGAAGCUCAAUUUCCUCAUAAUGGUUUUCAAGGAAAUAGCAUUGCACAAUCAUCUUAUAGCUCGACAAACAGCGUAAAAAGUACUGUGGAAGGGACUCUGGAUUCUCCAGACAGUAUUCUACAGGUUUCUGAUCAGAAUAGUGAGAGUCAACCAAUUUUGCAAUUUCAAAAGGGUGUUGAGGAGGCUAGUAAGUUUCUCCCUAAUGGAAACGGCCUCUUUCAAAAUUUCGAUGUUGAUAAGUAUUCGAUGCGAGAGCCUAGAGUGAUGAAAGAUGAACUAUCGGUUAAGGUUGAGAAGGAUGAGAGGGAUUCUUUUCUUUUUGGAUCCAAGGGAAGGAAGCAUCCACACGGAGGAGAAGUAGACAUUGAAGAAAAUAGAAGCAGCAAGCAAGCAGCGAUCUACUCAGAACCUUUGCUGCGUUCAACUAUGAUGGAUACGUUCCUGCUUCAUAGUUUAGGAGAUGCUAAGACGCAUUUUACGGCUCGUCGCGAGGCGUUACAAGUAAAAACAAAGAUGAUGACAUUGCCAAGUAAUACAUCGAAAGCUUCAACUAGUAGGAAAGGACGAAGUAAAAAACAAAACGGGAAAAAGGAAGUGAUUGAUUUGAGAACACUGCUUGUUCUUUGUGCACAAGCUGUGGCGGCAGACGACCAUAAAAGCGCACAUGAGUUGCUAAAGCAGAUCAGACAGCACUCGAAUCCUUUUGGAGAUGGAAAUCAGCGGUUGGCUCAUAUAUUUGCGGAUGGCCUUGAGGCACGUUUGGCUGGUACAGGAAGCCAAAUUUAUAAAGGACUAAUCAGUAAAAGAACAUCUGCUGCUGAUUUUCUGAAAGCUUAUCAUCUAUACCUUGCAGCUUGCCCUUUCCGGAAGAUGACUAGUUUUGUCUCGAAUGUCACUAUAAUGAAAUCCGUCGCAAGUUCAAUGAGGGUCCAUGUUAUAGACUUUGGUAUCCUCUAUGGUUUCCAAUGGCCUACUUUCAUACAAAGAAUUGCAUUAAGACCGGGAGGACCGCCGAAACUUCGUAUUACAGGAAUAGACUUUCCACAAUCUGGUUUCAGGCCUGCAGAGAGAAUUAUAGAAACCGGUAAGCGGUUGGCAGCGUAUGCUGAAUCUUUUAAUGUGCCAUUUGAGUAUAAUGCCAUAGCAAAAAAAUGGGACACCAUUCAGCUUGAUGAACUCAAGAUCGAAAAAGAUGAAUUCCUAGUUGUUACUUGUUUUUACCGUGGUAGAAACUUGCUGGAUGAAUCUGUGGUAGUCGACAGUCCAAGGAAUAAAAUCCUCAAUUUGAUAAGGAGGAUCAAACCGAAUAUAUUCAUUCACGGCAUUGUUAAUGGAGCCUUUAAUGCUCCUUUCUUUGUUACUCGAUUUAGGGAGGCGUUGUUUCACUUCUCUUCACUUUUUGAUAUGCUUGAAAGUAUCGUGCCUCGCGAGGAUUGGGAAAGGAUGCUAAUUGAGAAAGAGAUAUUUGGGAAGGAAGCAUUGAAUGUUAUAGCCUGUGAAGGUUGUGAGAGAGUAGAGAGGCCAGAGACAUAUCGGCAGUGGCAAAUUCGUAUUCUUAGAGCUGGGUUUUCACAACAGGCUUUCGCGAAAAGCACAGUAGAAAGAGCAGUGGAGAAAGUUAGGUCUAGCUACCACAAGGAUUUUGUAAUCGACGAAGAUAGCAAGUGGUUAUUACAAGGUUGGAAAGGGCGAAUCAUUUACGCACUUUCUUGUUGGAAACCUGCUUGACAAGUAAGAUAGUCCAAGUGCACCUCACUAGUGCUUUGUGAAUUAGUUUUUGACAUAUGAGGAAAACAGGUACUGCAACCAUCCCAUUUCUCAGCUCUAGUCAACAAUGCUGGUUCUUGUCAUUGUUGUUCAAUGUAUUUUGAGCUAACAAUUUAAUCUGAUAACUUAAUAGUGUAUGCUCAAUAUGUAUGAUCAAAGGUGAAAAAAUAAGAUCAUUUAGGAAGUAGACUAUCUAUGCCAUUUGGCUUUAUGAUCAUUUAGGAAGUAUUUUAUUUGAUAGCUAAAUUGAGGAUUGUCAAGUGGACAUGAUUCAAUGUAAUGUUAUUGAUAACUUUGACAUGGAAUAAAAUAUAUCCUUUAAUUGAUGUUACUCA